AUGCAGAAGUUCUCGAGGCUCGGCCGCCUCGGCCAGAGCCUUGCUUCGCGCAGGCAAUUGGCCACCGUCAGCGAUGCUCCCCUCUCUCGCAAGGUCGAGAUGACCAACUGGGAGAAGGGCCACUACAUCAACUACCAGAAGAUGAACGAGAACCUCGAGAUUGUUCGUGCCCGCUUGAACCGCCCGCUCACCUUCGCCGAGAAGAUUCUCUACUCCCACUUGGACGACCCCCACGGUCAAGAGAUUGAGCGCGGCUCCAGCUACCUCAAGCUCCGCCCCGACCGUGUAGCUUGCCAGGAUGCCACCGCCCAGAUGGCCAUUCUUCAGUUCAUGUCAGCUGGUCUGCCCUCCGUUGCCACACCCACUACCGUCCACUGCGACCAUCUUAUCGAGGCCCAGGUUGGUGGUGAGAAGGAUUUGGAGCGCGCCAACGAGAUCAACAAGGAGGUCUACAACUUCUUGUCCACCUCUUGCGCAAAGUACAACAUUGGUUUCUGGAAGCCCGGCUCUGGUAUCAUUCACCAGAUCGUGCUUGAGAACUACGCUUUCCCUGGUGCUCUCCUCAUUGGUACCGACUCGCACACUCCCAACGCCGGUGGUCUCGGUAUGGCCGCCAUUGGUGUCGGUGGUGCUGACGCUGUCGAUGUCAUGGCUGGUCUCCCCUGGGAACUGAAGGCUCCCAAGGUCAUUGGUGUUAAGCUUACUGGCAAGCUCUCCGGCUGGACUGCUCCCAAGGACAUUAUCCUCAAGGUUGCUGGUAUCCUCACCGUCAAGGGUGGAACUGGUGCUAUCGUCGAAUACCACGGACCCGGUACCGAAAGUCUCAGCUGCACCGGCAUGGCGACUAUUUGCAACAUGGGUGCUGAGAUUGGUGCCACCACCUCGCUCUUCCCCUUCAACGACCGCAUGUACGACUACCUUGCCGCCACCAAGCGCCGCGACAUUGGUGACUUCUCCCGCGAGUACGCCGCCCAGCUCCGCGAGGAUGAGGGUGCCGAAUACGACGAGCUCAUCGAGAUCAACCUUGACGAGCUCGAGCCCCACAUCAACGGUCCCUUCACUCCCGAUCUAGCUACACCCAUCAGCAAGUUCAAGGAGGCUGUCAAGGCCAACAAGUGGCCUGAGGAGCUUAAGGUCGGUCUCAUCGGUUCCUGCACCAACUCUUCCUACGAGGACAUGAGCCGUGCUGCCUCGAUUGCUGAGGACGCCAUGUCCCACGGUGUCAAGGCCAAGUCUCUCUUCACUGUCACCCCUGGAUCCGAGCAGAUUCGCGCCACUAUUGAGCGUGACGGUCAGCUCAAGACCUUCGAGGAGUUCGGCGGCAUGGUCCUCGCGAAUGCGUGCGGUCCGUGCAUUGGACAGGCUACCUAUCAUCCUCUACUUCUCAGAGCCCGAAUGCUGACGACCCAACGGUGGGACAGAAAAGAUGUAAAGAAGGGCGAGGCCAACUCGAUCAUCUCGUCGUACAACCGUAACUUCACUGGCCGUAACGACGCAAACCCCGCCACCCACUCUUUCGUCACCUCCCCCGACCUUGUCGUUGCUAUGACUAUUGCUGGAACGCUCGACUUUAACCCCCUUGUCGAUGAGCUGACUGGAGCCGACGGCAAGAAGUUCAAGCUUAAGGAGCCCUCCGGCAUGGGUCUCCCCGCCAACGGCUACGACCCAGGCCAGGACACUUACCAAGCGCCUCCAUCUGAUCGCUCAUCCGUCUCCGUCGCUGUCUCGCCCACCUCCGACCGUCUCCAGCUUCUCGAGCCUUUCAGUGCCUGGGAUGGAAAGGAUGCGAAGAACCUUCCUAUUCUCAUCAAGUGCCAAGGCAAGACCACUACCGACCACAUCUCUAUGGCCGGUCCCUGGUUGAAGUACCGUGGACACUUGGACAACAUCUCCAACAACAUGUUGAUCGGUGCCAUCAACGCUGAGAACGGCGAGGCCAACAAGGUCAAGAACCUUCUCGACGGAUCUUACGGUGCCGUUCCUGAUGUCGCCCGCAACUACAAGAAGAACGGCGUCCCAUGGGUUGUCAUUGGAGACUGGAACUACGGAGAAGGCUCUUCCCGUGAGCACGCUGCGCUUGAGCCCAGGCACUUGGGUGGCGCUGCCAUCAUCACCCGCUCCUUCGCUCGUAUCCACGAGACCAACUUGAAGAAGCAGGGUAUGCUUCCCCUUACCUUCUCCGACCCUGCCGACUACGACAAGAUCGGUCCCAAUGACCGUGUGACCUUGGCUUCCACCGAGCUCGCCCCCGGCAAGCCCCUGACCAUGACCGUCCACCCCGCCGACGGAUCCAAAGAAUUCCAGGUCAAGCUCUCGCACACCUUCAACGAGGGCCAGAUCGAGUGGUUCAAGAACGGCAGCGCUCUUAACACCAUGGCCAAGAAUGCUAAGCAGUAA